CAGUGCUUGUGGACGUUCACUUGGCAGUCGACCGGCUAAUUGUAAACACCUAACCCUGCGAAAUGUUCAAAGUGAAUUUAAUUAUAUUUUUAAUCGGAAUUUCGCCAUUCCUUGAAGCUCUAACUUCAAACAAUUUUUGCACCAAACACGGACCAACUAAGGAAAUCAGAUAUUGUUGUCCCGGCUAUGUGGGAGAUGGCGAGAAUUGCAGUCCAAUCUGUUUUAACGGUUGUGAAAAUGGCGUGUGCAUUGAACCCUUUGUUUGUGAGUGCAAUGAAGGAUUUACUAAGCACCAAGGGCCGCAUUCACCUUGUGUGCCGAUUCCAACAACAAUUGUGAUCAAUACGCCACAACGAAGCUGCGCGGAACGCUGCAGCAACGGCACAUGCGUGAACGAUGUAUGCACCUGUGCGCCAGGUUGGCUGUUGCAACAACACGACAGUCGCGACAUUUGUGUGCCACCGUGUAACGGCGGUUGUGUGAACGGUUAUUGCAGUGCGGCAAAUAAGUGUGUUUGCUCUAAAGGCUACGAGCCGCUACCGCUCAACCAGUUCGAAUGUGUACGACCCUCCGGCAGUGGCGCACUCUGGAACCAAUCGGCACAAUUUGUAACGAUCCUGACCUCGCUGCUGCUGCUGAUACGCUACUAUUGCGCAUUUUGGAAGAAUAUAAACGCUUAACCAGAGUAUGCUGCGAUAGGUGACCUGAAAUGCUCAAACCAUGGAAAACGAUAAAAACAACGAGUUCAAAGCACUCACACUCACGCUCACGCAUUCAUUCCACCACUGAUAGACCACAAAGUGUACAAGCGCAAUUCAUAGCAUUGCACUGACUGCAUUACGAAAAGUCUUCAUUUAUUUUUAAAUAACUUAUAAAAAAAAAACAAAAAAAAAAAAAAAAAAGCUAAUGUGAUAUAAACAAGUAUUUAUAAAUACUUACAACUUCAAUAUACAUAUACAUAUACAAAUGUAAAUAUGCGUUUAUCUGCAUUUUAUUGAGAAGAGUUCUAGGAAAAGCCACUCGUCAGCCCGCAAAAGAGCUACAGGAAUGCUCAAAGUCAACAUAUUUAAUAACAUAAAUUUAAUUUGCAUGCGUGUGCCACCAACACACUCACACACACGCACACUCCAG